GCCCUAAAUUCUUUAUUAGAUUCAACUUCCAGUGUACAAACAUCCUAAUUCAGAUUAAACAAAAUUGCCCACACACAUUCCAUUUCUAACGAGACUGUUUUCCUCCCUUCCUUCCCCUCCCGCUUCCCUCUUGAAUUUCUUUCUUUCUUGUUUUCCCCCAGUCUUGGGUCUCCUUUCCCCCAGCUUAUCAGUCUUCCCAAAGAAAAGCCUCCCUGUGACCACGAAUCGCCAUAAAGGAAGGAAACCCUCCAUAAGUGAAAGCCAAGCCCUCAGCGGGGCGUGUCGGGGUGGACGCCCCCACCCACUAUUAGUGUGAGAAGGCUGGACAGCGAAGUUCAAGUGUCCACAGGAGAGGCACGGGGGUUACCAGAUCUGCUCACUUGCAUAAACGGACCGAUCCCUUCUGCGCAAUCGGACCCCAGGAAAGCAGCCUCCCUUUAAGGGCCUAGGAACCCGGCACUUUGAAAGUGCCCUCCCUGCCCAGACCCGGGGAGAAGUGAGGGGUGCGAAGGCGGAGCCACUGGGCUGGAGACACCCUCCGAAGGUCCGGCCCUCGGCUGCGUUCCUACUACCUUAGGGAGUUAGCGCGGGGAGCGGAAUCACCCUCUCAAUGAAAGGCAGAUGUCCCUUUAAGGUUUGCUUCGCAGCUCGUGGACUUUAGCCUAAACAAGGACCCGCGAAGCUGGCUUUAUUUGUCCAUGUCUCGGACAGAGCCUGGGAGGCUGCCAGAGGGAUUUCAGAGCCCGAGAGUGCGAACGGCGGGGAGAUGUGGCAAUCCCUCUGGGAUGCGAGAAGCGUGAAGCGAACUUAGAGGGGCUGGUCGAAAACACAGGAAAUCGCUGUGCUGCUCCCAGCCGCCGGGGCCAACCGGGCCAGCGACUGAGACCCACUGCGGCGGGCGGAGUGGCCCAGAGCAACGCGGCUCCAGCGCGUGGUUUCGCGAGUCCUUCCCUCCGAUCCAGCGCGUCCCCCGGGCGCUGCGGCCGCUCCAACUAUGGCCCCCCGGCGCCGCGCCAGCCCAGGGGUCGCUGUCGCCUGCUGCUGGCUCCUCACCGUUCUAGGCUUCUGCAUAUCAUUCAAUGUUGAUGUGAAAAACUCAUUGACUUUCAGCGGCCCAGUGGAGGACAUGUUUGGAUAUACUGUUCAACAAUAUGAAAAUGAAGAAGGAAAAUGGGUGCUUAUUGGUUCUCCUUUAGUUGGACAACCCAAGAACAGAACUGGAGAUGUCUAUAAGUGUCCAGUUGGGAGAGGUGAAUCAUUACCUUGCAUAAAGUUGGAUCUUCCAGUUAAUACAUCAAUUCCCAAUGUCACAGAAGUAAAGGAGAAUAUGACAUUUGGAUCAACUUUAGUCACCAACCCAAAUGGAGGGUUUCUGGCAUGCGGGCCCUUAUAUGCCUAUAGAUGUGGACAUUUGCAUUACACAACGGGAAUCUGUUCUGAUGUCAGCCCCACAUUUCAAGUCGUGAACUCCAUUGCCCCUGUACAAGAAUGCAGCACUCAGCUGGACAUAGUCAUAGUGCUGGAUGGUUCCAACAGUAUUUACCCCUGGGAAAGUGUUACAGCUUUUUUAAAUGACCUUCUUGAAAGAAUGGAUAUUGGUCCUAAACAGACACAGGUUGGAAUUGUACAGUAUGGGGAAAAUGUAACCCAUGAGUUCAACCUCAAUAAGUACUCAUCGACGGAAGAGGUGCUUGUUGCUGCAAAUAAAAUAGUCCAGAGAGGUGGCCGCCAGACGAUGACAGCCCUUGGAAUAGACACAGCAAGGAAAGAGGCUUUCACUGAAGCCCGGGGUGCCCGAAGAGGGGUUAAAAAAGUCAUGGUAAUUGUGACUGAUGGAGAGUCCCAUGACAACCACCAACUGAAUAAGGUCAUCCAGGGCUGUGAGGACGAAAGCAUUCAGCGGUUUUCCAUAGCUAUUCUUGGCAGCUAUAAUCGAGGAAAUUUAAGCACUGAAAAAUUUGUGGAGGAAAUAAAAUCAAUUGCGAGUGAACCCACUGAAAAGCAUUUCUUUAACGUCUCUGAUGAAUUGGCACUAGUCACUAUUGUUGAAGCUCUGGGAGAAAGAAUCUUUGCCCUGGAAGCUACAGCUGACCAGUCGGCAGCUUCUUUUGAGAUGGAAAUGUCUCAGACCGGCUUCAGUGCUCAUUAUUCACAGGACUGGGUCAUGCUUGGAGCGGUAGGAGCCUAUGACUGGAACGGAACAGUUGUCAUGCAGAAGGCUAAUCAAAUCCUAAUUCCCCAAAACACGACCUUUAAUGUUGAGUCUACCAAAAAGAAUGAACCUCUUGCUUCUUAUUUAGGUUACACAGUAAACUCCGCCACUGUUUCUGGAGAUGUGCUCUACAUUGCCGGACAGCCACGGUACAAUCAUACAGGCCAGGUGGUCAUCUACAGGAUGGAGGAUGGAGACAUCAGGAUUCUCCAGACACUCCAUGGAGAACAGAUCGGUUCCUACUUUGGAAGUGUUUUAACGACAAUUGACAUUGAUAAAGAUUCUAAUACUGACAUUCUUCUAGUCGGGGCUCCCAUGUUCAUGGGAACAGAGAAGGAGGAACAAGGAAAAGUGUACAUCUAUGCUCUGAAUCAGACAAGGUUUGAAUAUCAAAUGAGCCUGGAACCCAUGAAGCAGACUUGCUGUUCGUCUCUGAAGCACAAUUCAUGCACAAAGGAAAACAAAAAUGAACCAUGUGGGGCUCGUUUUGGAACAGCUAUUUCUGCUGUGAAAGACCUCAAUCUUGAUGGAUUUAAUGACAUCGUGAUAGGAGCACCCCUGGAAGAUGAUCAUGGGGGAGCCGUGUACAUUUAUCAUGGAAGUGGCAAGACUAUAAGGGAAGAGUAUGCACAACGUAUUCCAUCAGGGGGAGAUGGCGAGACACUGAAAUUUUUUGGCCAGUCUAUCCACGGAGAAAUGGAUUUAAAUGGUGACGGUCUGACUGAUGUCACUAUUGGGGGCCUUGGUGGUGCUGCCCUCUUCUGGUCUCGAGAUGUGGCUGUAGUUAAAGUGACCAUGAAUUUUGAACCCAAUAAAGUGAAUAUUCAAAAGAAAAACUGCCGCGUGGAGGGAAAGGAAACAGUAUGCAUAAAUGCCACAGUGUGCUUUGAUGUGAAAUUGAAGUCCAAAGAAGACAGGGUUUACGAAGCUGAUAUGCAGUACCGUAUCACACUAGAUUCUCUAAGACAGAUAUCACGGAGUUUUUUCUCUGGAACUCAAGAGAGGAAGAUUCAAAGAAACAUCACAGUUCAAGAAUCAGAAUGCACUAAGCAUUCCUUCUACAUGUUGGACAAGCAUGACUUUCGGGACUCUGUGAGAAUAACUUUGGAUUUUAAUCUUACCGAUCCAGAAAAUGGGCCCGUUCUCGAUGAUUCUUUACCAAAUUCAGUACAUGAAUAUAUUCCCUUUGCCAAAGAUUGUGGAAACAAGGAAAAAUGUAUCUCGGACCUCGCCCUGGAUGUCUCCACCACAGAAAAGGGCCUGUUUAUUGUCAGGUCCCACAAUGAUAAGUUCAAUGUUAGCCUCACAGUCAAAAAUAAAGAGGACAGUGCCUAUAACACCAGAACCAUAGUGAAUUAUUCUCCAAAUCUAAUUUUUUCAGGAAUUGAGGCUAUCCAAAAAGACAGUUGUGAAUCCAAUCAUAAUAUCACAUGUAAAGUUGGAUAUCCUUUCCUAAGAAGAGGAGAAAUGGUAACAUUCAAAAUAUUAUUUCAGUUUAACUCAUCUUAUCUCAUGGAAAAUGUGAUCAUUCAUUUAAGUACAACAAGUGACAGUGAAGAGCCACCUGAAGCCCUUUUUGAUAAUGAAGUAAACGUUUCUAUCCCUGUAAAAUAUGAAGUUGGACUACAGUUUUACAGCUCUGCAAGUGAAUACCAUAUUUCAAUUGCGGCCAACGAGACAGUCCCUGAAGUUAUUAGUUCUACUGAGGACAUUGGAAAUGAAAUUAAUAUCUUCUACUUGAUUAGAAAAAGUGGGCAUUUUCCAAUGCCAGAACUUAAGCUGUCAAUUUCAUUCCCCAACAUGACAUCAGAUGGUUUUCCUGUACUGUACUCAAGUGGGUGGUCAUCUUCUGAGAAUGUCACCUGCAGACCCAGUAGCCUCCAGGAUCCUUUUGGUAUCAACUCUGGGAAGAAAAUGAUAAUAUCCAAAUCUGAAGAUAUCAAACGAGGCACCAUUCUGGACUGCAGUGCAUGUAAAUUUGCCACCAUCACAUGUAAUCUGAUUCCUUCUGACAUGAGCCAAGUGAAUGUUUCACUUAUCUUAUGGAAACCAACUUUUAUAAAAGCACAUUUUUCCAGCUUAAAUCUUACUGUAGGGGCAGAACUUCAGAGUGAAAAUACAUCACUAGUUUUAAGUGCUGGCAAUCAAAAAAGAGAGCUUGCUAUUCAAAUAUCCAAAGAUGGGCUACCAGGCAGAGUACCGUUAUGGGUUAUCCUGUUGAGUGCUUUUGCUGGAUUAUUGCUAUUAAUGCUGCUCAUAUUAGCACUGUGGAAGAUUGGAUUCUUCAAAAGACCACUAAAGAAGAAAAUGGAGAAAUGAAAUAUUUUAGAAGAGAAGAAAUAAUUAUUCAAUGAUCUAUCCUCAGGUUUGCCUCAAAUAUGUGACAAGAAAUUUAUAAAUACAAUUAAAGACAUAGUCACAUAACUCUAUGUAAUCCAUCAGGGAUUAAUCACUUAGAAAAUGACAGAUCAAGCAAGAUCCAAAAAUAAUACAUUAAAGAUUUAUUUUAUAAAAUGUUGAAAAAUACUUUUAAAUAAUUACUCAUUUUUGUUGAGUAUUAAAGCAAAAUUGCAAAGUGUUUUAAAGAUGAAAAAUAACCUGUACAAAUAUGUUUAUAUAUUAAAUCACCAUUCCAAGUAUUUGAGGAAUACAUAAAAAGAUUUUUAUGAUCAUUGAAACAUUUACUUUCAAAAUAAUAUAAAUUAAGCUUUUUCCAUUGAUUCCUGAUGGAUAUUCACAUUCAGCAUGAUGGUCAAUAUUUGUAAAUGCCAAGAAAGGAAUUUUACCUGAAAAAGAUCACUUCCUCCCAUUUAAAUGAGAAAAAUUUCCCAGGUGGAGUCCAUAUCCAAUAUGGACUGAAAAUAGAAUUAAAUCACAGAGAAUACAUUAAGCAUCUUUGUGUUGGGUUCUAUACUGGGAAAGUUUUCUUUCCAAAAUGUUUGAAAAAUAGUACAAUUGAGCUGAAAUUCUAUCUAGGAUAGAAAAUCAAGAUAGAGUUGUUUAAAAGCAAGUGCACUGAACGGAUUAAUUUAAGCUUUUACAGAACACGCCUAGUUUUGGUAUUGAACUCUAAAACUCAAAACUCUUUUAUACUGAAAAAGCACAGCAGUUUUACGUGGCAUGACAGUGAUUUGUCAUGAAAAGUCACGUUGUGUGUGGGAUAUGCUAAAAUGGUUUCUGAAUGGAACUGACAAUGCAGAUGGAUGGCGCAGAAAUGCUGGUCAUCUUUUGAACGUGAGGGGGUCCCAGGAUGUAACCCUAAGUAGGAAUUGUCUCAACUCCUUGGUACAUGGUUCAUUCAAACCCUCAAGCUGUGAGAGUAUGUUUAUUUUUAAUAUUUUAAAAGAUAUUUAAUUUUCCAAACGCGGUUCUUCUUUUUAUGAAAAAGCAGUAUUCCAUUUCAGUAUUGCAUUUUACCAACAAGCCACUGCUUUUUAAGUGUGGCAUAUCAAUGUUUAAAUAGAUCUCCGGAAAUGUAUUUUAAAGAAGUUCAAGUUUGAAACCUCGCACCAACAGAAAGACAUCACAUCUUUGUAUGAGCUUCUUUGUUCUUGAAGUAAUCACCGUGGUGCAUCAGACUCUACUGUAGCAUAAGCUCCUAGGUUGCUCCACUUCUUAGGGAAAAAACAAUGAAUGAAUGUACAUGUGAACUACUGCUGUAAAAUUUUCUGAUACUUCUGCAACAACUCCAUCUCUCCACCCGAUUGACCGUUACAAGAUCAGAACCUUUACUUAUCUGGAAUGUCCUGGGCUCUGCUCUACUUUUCUCAAAAAGCAGCAAAUCAAUGGAGAAAUUAAAUGCCAUACAUUUAAUUUUUGAAAACUAAUUUCCAGGGAAUUAUCUGUGGACUCAGAGGCAGCCUACCUCAUGGCUCUCUACAUCUACAUCUGAGAUCCUGAUGGUCAAAGACAUGCACCUGGGGAGUGCUGAGGUCCUCAGUAGCUAGAAGAAAAGCUACGUUUUUCCAGAGAUUUGGUAUCCUCCUCCUGGCCUGUGAUUGCUCAGAAGUGUCCAGUUUUAGAAUUUUCUUCAUUCCUGCUAUCUAUCUCCAGGUUCCGAAAUCAUUCUUUCCACCUGUCCUUUCUUUGCCCAACAAAACUCAGGUCUCUCAUAUUCAGUCACCAUGGUGCACAACUCCAGUGCACAACCUGCUCAGCAGCUCUGAUCCAGGCUCAGCACAUUCUUAGAAAUAAAUCUAAUAGAUAAAAUUUUUUUAAAUUCACACUUGUCCUCUGACUCCUAGGCAAAGUAUUUACUGAACCAAGAGUAUGCACAUUUCAACUAAACAUGUUGUUAACGUAAUGGGGAAAAAUAGAAAAGAUGGCAUUUUUAACAUUUUAGAAAAGAGAGGAAGAGCUGUUUGGCCAAAUCAAAUAGCUACUUAUAAGCUCAGCACAGUUUUUAACAUAAUUCAUUCCUGGUUUUUAAGUAGAAUAUUAAAUGAGCCAGAUAUCCUAUUUCCUUAAUAUUGUGAUUUGUUGAGGUUUAUGUAUGUAUGUGUCUGUGCAUCUGUGCAUGUGUGUGUAUAAACACACAUGCACACACAUACGCACACAUGCAUGCAUGGACACAAAUUGGAGAAAAAAUACCUCAACACCAAAUAACAGAGUUUACAAGAAAUAAACGCACAAAAGCUACACCACAAGAAAAGUUUGAUUCAUCCACUUUGCAUAUAGUUUUCACUUUCAUUAAUAUUUAACUUUAGCAUACAUUUAUGCAACUAUCUAAAAAUCAUAAAUGUAGGAUUAUUAUUUUGACUAAAUUAAUAAGUCAACAGAUGUCCCAAAUUAGCUUUGUACAGAUGUCCUAAAACAGAGACAAUGAUUAAGAAAUGUACUAAACUCUAUUAUUUUAUUUUAAAACAUUUAAUAAGAAAAGUGAUUUUUAAGACAAUUAUGAGCUUAUUCAUUAAAUUAAAUUGCAAAAUAGUUUCUUUUUUUAACUUUGGUAUUUUUUUUUAAUUAAUUAUUUCUUCCACUGUGGACUGAACUAUGUAUGAAGUCCCUUUCCAUACCAAGCCUACAAUGGUAUAUUGGUAAAUUAUUGAACAACUGGCUCUCCAGGUGGAACGAAAUCCCUGAUUUGUGUCAUUUACCAGUUUUCAUGGUCUAAAUAGUUUUGUCACGGCCAUUUUCAAGCUACCAACAUAGCGCUAACCAGCUUGCAGAAUUCCUGAAAAUGUAUUUGUCAGUUCUCAAGAACCAGUAUGAGCUAACUUCAGUGCACCAUUGAGAUAGAUUAGAUGACAAUGAUAGAUAGAAGAUACAUAGAUGACAAUGAUAGAUAGAUAGAUAGAUAGAUAGAUAGAUAUAGAUGAUAGAUGGAUAGAUAUAGAUGAUAGAUAUAGAUGAUAGAUGGAUAGAUAGAUAUAGAUGAUAGAUAAAUAGAAAUGUAACAUAUAUAUAUAUACACACACACAAACAUGCACAAUACAAUCAUAUUUCAAAUUAUUCUUUUUUUUUUUUUUUUUGCGGUACGCGGGCCUCCCACUGUUGUGGCCUCUCCCUUGCGGAGCACAGGCUCCAGACGCGCAGGCUCAGCGGCCAUGGCUCACGGGCCCAGCGGCUCUACGGCAUGCGGGAUCUUCCCGGACCGGGGCACGAACCCGUGUCCCCUGCAUCGGCAGGCGGACUCUCAACCACUGCGCCACCAGGGAAGCCCUCAAAUUAUUCUUAAAACGUUGAUAUCAAACUCAGCAAAGUGCUACAUAGUUUCCCAUUCUUCAAUUUCAAUUUCUAAAAUUAGAGUCUUCCUUUGAUGUUAAUAAAAUGAUAGAAACUUGCAGGAAAAGGAGUUGAAAGCAAAAUAUAUAUAUAAAGGAUGACGCAGUGAAAAUCAGAACUACACAACCACAAAGAAGCUGUUUCAUUUUCUCUCGGAAUCCAGAGCCCUGCAGCCAUGCUGUGAAAGGUCAUCUUUUGUAAAUAUUUGUAAUUUCUAUGACCCAGUUUGAACUUCAGUAAUCCAAUUUGUUCAAUUAUUUUCUCUGAGCACUAGAUUCAUGGGCAAUUUAAUCUCUGAAUAUUUUUUAUGUCAUAACUGUGCUUGAAAUGAGGCUUGUGGGAAGACAUAUUUUACAAAAUUUGAUGUUUGCUCAACCACAGUAAUUUAUAAUUUUACCUCUUAUAAAACCAAUAUCUAGGCUCAAUUAGAAAACAAAUAUUUGCACCAAAGCAAAAGGUGGUUGCACAGUGCUUGAGUAAACCUGGGUGUAAGGAGAAGCUGAGAGAAGGGCUGGCAUGUUCUCUCCAGGCGGCCCCCCGAAGGGUCACGGCUUGCACUGUGUGAAGGCUGCCCACCAGCAUCUAUGCACUGCACUUUCCUACAGGAUAUCCUCUCUGUCAAACUUGUUGUAAUCUGCUCCGUGUGAAUUAACUGUCUUGCUUUGCACAACAGUGAGAAAACCAAGAAAGACCCAGGCUCAGAGCAUGGCCCGUGUGCCCAGUACAGUCACAGUAUUGUUCAAAUAAAGAGGCUUCUGGCAAAACAGCCUUUUAAAAAUAGUAUCCUAUGUAUCCUUCAUUGAUUUUCAACACUUCUCAAGUCUCCCUCCAUUAGAUUAAUCUUCUCACCCAAGGGAGAUUUUCAAGAAUACUACUAGAGAAAAAUCUGUUUAAAACGUGUGCUCUGUUUGCUACGAAUACCAGCUUUUGUGAUUUGAUCAUUUACACAGGAUGUCAGUCCUCCGUUCUGUGGCAAUCUAAAGGGUUGGUAUGGUAAAUGCAAUAGGGACAAAAUGAAAGGCUUGAAGAGAUGAACAGCUUGAAGAAAUUUACAAGCUGUUAUUGGGACACUAUCAGCAGCUACUCCAGUGGGGAGCUGGCAAGAUUUAGCCCUUUGGUGGGUCUCCAUCAGCACCCCCCUAAUCCCCAUCCUCACGCAUGGAAAUUAUAAUCUAAAAAACGAAAAGAAGAGCUUUAAAAUCCUGGAAAUGAUGCUACUUUCUAACUAAAAUUUCCAAUUUAACUGUAAACAGCAGGCAUUUUAAUGCAAACACAACUUCCAGGUGAAUCCGCUAGACAGCCCUUCCAAUCAGACUGCUGUCUCUAAAUACCUCUUACCCAGAAAUUCUGAAACCGCCACUGGAAGUGAACUUUGCAGUGCAUUACUAAAGGCUAAAGGCUGCCGUUUCAAUGGGAGCACUGUUGUGCAACAUCUUAAGUAGAACAAUAAAAAGAGAGUUAAAAUCUAACAUUGUAAUCUGGUGAAUGAGUAUUUUUGAUCCUCAUAUUAAAAUUUAACCUUGAAUUUAGCAAUUCCAAGUAACAGCCUUUAACCAUCAACCUUGAGGAAAAGUAAAGGAGUAUGUGCCAGCUCUUCAGCCCCAGGUGCAUUGUCCCCUACAACAUGUGGUGCCCAGGAGGUCCAGUUCUUAACUGAUGAGAAUGGAUCCUCUGCUGCUAUAAAUGGCCUAAGCUCCCAAAUCCACUACAUCCCAGGAUCAGCCCUCCCACAUCAGACACACACAUAAGCACGUGCUGAAAUUUUACCAUACUGAAAGAUAUACAAGGGUAAGUUCUCACUUCUAAUGUUGGACUCCUUGCUUUGAGAUCAGCUUUUUUUUUUUUCCUUUUAAAAUAUAUUAACGGCUUUCUCCCAUAGCUAAUGAGUUCAGAACUUUACACAAGACUUCCUUGCAUUUUCCUCCCAUUACAGGCUAGAGAAUUUCAGUACCAUGAAGACUGGGCAGAGGACUCAGGACCCAUUUGCAGGAGCUCUCUGCUUUCUGCCUUCCGGUUGGCUGCUUCUCUUCUCCACUGUACAGUGGGGAUGUUUGGUCUUAAUUUGGGUCUUCUUGGCAAGGCCAUUCUAAGCCUGGUACUCCUUGCAGGGCCUUGAGAUCUAGAUGUUCUUUACUGGUGAGUUGAGGCUUGGAAAUCCUUUAAUUAUCUGACACACCAUGGAAAUCACGGCAAUAUACUAGGCAGAUACCAGUGACACUCAUAACUAUGAUUAUGUUUGAUCUUACCAUAUUUGAAGUCACAUCUUGAUGAAAAAAGACUAAGUCUGGAAUUUCAGGAGCUUUCCUGCAAGAGACUGAGACUCAGUGUUUAACCUUUUAUUUCAGUUUGAUCUAUGCAUAGAGAUUGGGGACAAAACUUUUAAAAGAAAUCUUCCAAAUGACAGAAUGAAAGGCAGGAUUCAACAAUCUCCUACUGACAGUUCCUGUCCCCAGUCCUGUUUUUCAAGAAGCAGAAAGAGGAUUGGAUGGGGAAAAGUGAGUAUCAUAAUUGUUUCUUUCUGCUACAUAUUGCCAAGCAGAAGGAAGUCACCACACAGCACACUAAUUGUGGCUUUCUGAGAGAUCUUAGCAUCACAGGUCCAAUGACAGGUGACAGUCUUCCUGCCAUGCCCCCAAGGCAUCUUGCAUUUUGAGAGACAGAAAAAAAAAUGUGGGGAGAGGGAGAGGGAGGGGAUGAAGCUAUUCAUCUUUUAUGUACACACCAUUACUCCUCAAAAAUACUGUAAGCUUCCUUAGCCCACAUCAUACCUGGCUACAAUACUAACACAUGUAUUUCAGACAAGUAAAUUGUUGAUUAAAUAAGAGUAAAAGUAUAUUCUUACCUGUCUAUUAACUAGGGCUAAUUUCCUGAAGUUUACCGUGCUUUGGCUCAAGUAAAAGCAAUCAUUUGAAGUAACAACAGCUCAGAUCUUCUUCGUUCCAGAAGCAUUUCACACAGUACAUCCCGAUACUUAGUGUUUAAUUGAGAGACACCACUGCCUUUAUUCAGGUUACAAGAGCCACCCUGUGCGUUCCUUAUCAGGAGCACCAUCCUGAAAGGAGAUUGGUGUACUGUGUGUUACUACUGUUAGGUUGUAAAAUUGUUAAGAGACAGUGUAAAAAAUUGUGUCCAUUUUAUUAAAAAGUAAAACACUGCAUAUAAUAACUACUGCCCUGAAGCAUGUAUCAUACUCACUCCAAUAAACUUUUCUGCAUGGUCUAACAUA